AUUUGAUCUAUUAGGCCUUCGAGUCACCUGUCACUCGACGGAGCAGCCUGGUAGUUGAAGUGUGCUUCUUCCUCACGUUGAAUUUCCAGGCCGUUGGGAUGGUUUUCGCGGGCUUUUGUCUGUUCGUGGUCGCGAGCGUCCUCCUCACCGGGCUAACGGCUCACUCGGAUGGGCUGAGUGCAGAAGACGAGGCGUUCUGCAGAGGAGGAUUAGAGUUAAGUUAUCCAGAUCUGGACAUAAAAGCCUGCAUGGUCAUCCCUCAGGAGGUCAGGGAGAAGAUCAGCAAGGACUGGGGACCUCCAAAGGUGCAGCUGGCCACAGCUGAGAAGAAGAAGAAAUACACACUGAUAAUGGUGGAUCCUGAUGCUCCAAGACGUAAUAACCCUACUAGAUCAUACUGGAGACACUGGUUAUUGGUUGACAUAGAGGGCAGUGGGCUGAGAGCAGGAGACAUUAAAGGCACUGUACUAUCUGCGUACAGUCGUCCCACACCUCCUAUACAGACUGGGUUUCACCGUUACCAGUUCCUCCUCUAUGAGCAACCUACAGACCAGGUCCUCUCACUCAGUGAACAAGAAAAGAGCUCACUAGGGAACUGGGAUCCGCAAAUGUUUGUGCAGAAGUUUGGACUUGAGGGCCCAGUGACUUCCCUCCAGUUCCUUACCCAAAACCAUAGAGAUUAGAUGACCUCUCGGAUCUGGUUUGCAUGAUUCAGCUCUGACCAUCACUGUCUCCGAUCCAGUAUUGUAUUUUGUUUUGUAACUAUACUACAGAUUA